ACCACGAAAAUUAGAUGCAAAUGUUAACAAAUUUCUACGCACUUUCCAAAACGAAUCUAUAAAAGUUCCCUCCCAUUCCAUCAUCUCCAACAUCAACAUCAAAACACCCAACAAAUCAACAACAAAGAUGAGCAAAAUCAUGUUUAACAAUGAAAUCGAGCUAGGCAAGUUUCUUGGCAGCAUUGAUGUCAUUCCAGAUGCCUAUCAAGCAAUUUCAGAGACUACUUUGGCUUAUGAACUUCACACCACUCGUUCUGGAAACACUGUUUUGGCUUUCAGCUCAUGCCCCCCAGAUUACACAACUCGUUUUCUUACAGGAGAGUUUGAUUUAGUUUCAUCUGAAAACCUCCAAGUCGUUGACUUCAUUCCCACUAAAGUCAACUCUUCGUUCUCCAUUAACAAAGCCGCUGUUGAGCUGUUUCAGCAGCUCGGUGACGACCUCAAAGAGCUCGAACAUAAGUAUAUAAAUAGCUCGUUGAUCAUCACUGGAUCGGGUCUUGGGGGAUACCUUGCGAUUCUUUCCGCUCUGCGGCUGCACCAUGCCAUAGAUGUGGAAGAAUCAAAUGGUUCCAAGAAAACCAAAAGGCCGAUUUGCAUAACUUUCGGUUCCCCUCUUAUUGGUGAUAAAGCUUUCAAAAGUGCCAUCGAUGAACGCCCACAAUGGAAAUUCAGUUUUCUAAAUGUGGUCGCAAGGAAGGAUCCUGUUGCUACUUUUUUCUCAUCAAAUACUCUAUACAAGCCCUUUGGAACUUUCCUGUUUUGCACAGAAUCAGGUGGUCACACGGCUUUUGAAGAUCAACAUUCCAUUCUGCCGGUUCUAGAUGCCAUGAAGUUUUCGAAUGAAGAUAGCUCACAAGUUUAUGAUUACACGAACGUUUUGAGUUCGAUCAGAAGGAAGGUGUUGUACCGUGGGAGUUCUGAAUUGGAUGAAUUCAACUUGAAUUCGUUGAGGGCGGAAAUCAAAUUGCAAUUGAAGGAAGUCGAUGUGUUGAGCGAUAUAACGAAUGAUGAUAUUGGGAAAAUGGAGAAUCAAGCAAAGUUGAAUAAAAGAAAGAAGAAUCCUUAUGAACCUACUAAAAAGCUAAACGAAAUGAAGAUAAGUCUCACAUAUAUGGAAUGGUAUAUGACGGGACAGAAACGAAAAGGCUGUGGUUACUAUGAUGGUUACAAGAAUCCGAAAACCAGAGAGGAAAUUGUGGGCCAACAAGAAAUUUUGAAGCAUCAAGGCCGUCUUAACCAGUAUUGGAAGGAUAUAGUUGUGGAAAAGGAUCGGAUGCCACAAAAAGAAGGCGCCAAGUUGCGUAAGCGUUGGCUAUUGGGUGGGAACAACUACAGAAAGAUCGUCGAGCCGCUAGACAUAGCUGAAUACUACAAAAAGGGCAACAUAAAGUACAUAGAGAAUAGAUCAAACCACUAUAAGUUGUUAGAGAAGUGGUUAGAUGAAGACAAGGACUCAAAUUCAAGUGAAGUGACAAGGAACAAGGCUGCUAGUCUUACCGAGGAUUCUUGUUUCUGGGCACAUGUUGAGGAGGCAUUGAUUUUGUUAAGAAACAUGGUGAAUGGAGGGUCGAUCAACGCUGAUAAGGAAUUGGAGGAAUUUGAGGUCUAUGUGAUGCAUGAGAUCGAAAACUACACAGUGUCACCAGAUAUUUUCUUGAAGGGGAGUAGUUUAAUGACGUGGUGGAACGAGUACAAGGCAUACAAAGGAACUGCGUAUGCUUCUGAGUUUGCUCGAUACAUGAACAACGCAAGCUACGAUUCAUAUAAGUAAUGCCCAAUUGUUCAUCAUGACGAUGCCUGGCCUGAAGCUUAAUUAUUAUUCUGGGGUUAAUGUUUUAGUACUACUAGGUUGUAUGUUUGUAUGUAAAUGUGUAUUUUUCUUGUUUGGUUUUAUUGCAUAAUCUGUAAUGUUGUUGGGUUGGAUAUGUGGAAGAAUGUGUUUCUUUCCUCAUAUUACAAUCCUUAUUUUCCUCGAACUUUGCUUCUUUAUGUUCACAAAUUCCAGUCACCCAAUCUGAAAACA